AUGCGGGUUUUCUCUUCGUUAUGUGUCUUGCUACUGGUAUUUUUGCGGGUUGUCUCAUCCAGGAGCGCUGUGGGAAACAGGCUGCUAGUAGUACUGGAGGAUGAAUCUCAGAAGGGUCUUUAUUCAAAGUUCUGGGCGGAUUUAGAAGCGCGAGAUUUCAAGUUGUCCUUCGAGUCCCCACGGAACGACCAAUUGUCGCUGUUUCGACAUGGUGACUUAGCAUUCGAGCAUGUGCUCCUGACACCUCCCAAGUCAAAAGGUUACGGCCCAUCUUUAACACCUAAACUUCUCCUCGACUACGUCAAUGCAGGCGGGAACGUCUUGCUAGCCCUUUCCUCUGAAGCAGGCACUCCCUCCGCAAUCUCCUCUCUACUGUUGGAAUUCGACAUUACACUCCCAACAGACAAGAGCUCCGUUGUUGUUGAUCAUUUCAAUUAUGACACUGUAUCUGCAGCCGAGAAACACGACGUCCUACUAGUUGGCAGACCAAGCCCCUCGAGGCCGGAUGUGGUAGACUUCUUCGGUGGAAGCGGGCUGUUGGCCCUUCCCCAGACCGUCGGACAAACACUCGGAAAUACAAACCCACUCGUUGCGCCAAUCUUGAAAGCCCCCGUGACAGCAUACGCAUACAAUCCCAAGGAAGAUGCGGAAAGCGUUGAAGAUGUGUACGCGACUGGCUCUCAAUUAUCACUGAUAUCCGCACUUCAAGCCCGUAACUCUGCACGUUUUGUUGUGCUAGGAUCCCUCGAAUCGCUGCAGGAUAAGUGGUUCGAUGCGUCGGUCAAGACCCCAGACGGCAAGAGUGUCAAGAUUGUAAACAGAGAGUUCGCAAAGCAAUUGACAGAAUGGGUGUUCAAGGAAGUUGGAGUCUUGAAGGUACUGGAGAUUAGCCACCAUCAAAUCUCUCCAUCCAGCAAGACAGAGCAAAACCCCACCCAAAUUGGUGAUUCAAACCCCGAGAUCUACCGAAUCAAGACCGAUGUGAAUUUCAAUAUCGAGAUCGCCCAAUGGUCCCACACACACUGGGCGCCCUUUACUCUCCCAUCUUCCGCCGAUGCCCUUCAACUUGAGUUCAGCAUGCUCUCCCCUUUCCAGCGUAUCCCACUAUCCCCUUCCACUAUCUCCACCAACAGCACAAUCUACUCGACCAGCUUCACCACGCCUGAUCAGCACGGUAUCUUCGCCUUUAAAGUCAAUUACAAGCGACCGUGGUUAACCAGCAUCGAAGAGAAGCGACAAGUUACCGUACGCCAUUUCGCACACGACGAGUGGCCACGAUCCUGGGCGAUUAGCGGUGCCUGGCCUUGGAUUGCAGGCUUGUGGAGUGUCAUUGCGGGCUUUUUGGUCUUUGUCGUCCUUUGGUUAUAUUCUGAACCGCCCAAGCACGAUAGCGAGAGGCGGCGGAAAUUGAGCGUCAGUGCUCCUGCUAAAUAA